UCCGCUUCGAAAGUUGCAGGUUGUGCCUAGUGCGAGUGAAAUGGUGGUCGGGAAUAAAUUGAAGGCUGAGGACUUGAACUUGUGCUUUGAAAGCCUGAUGAUGGUUGGGGGCGGUAGCGAUGGGAAGGCGAAGAUGGACUGUGGAGUCAUCACCGAGUGGAAGGACAUACCUAUGGAGUUGUUGCUACGGAUCAUGUCGCUCGUCGAUGAUCGCAUGAUAAUUGUCGCUUCUGGGGUUUGCAGCGGAUGGAGAGACGCGAUUGGCCUCGGCCUCACGCAUUUAUCUCUGGUGUGGUUAAAGAAGAACAUGAACAACUUGGUCCUAUCUCUUGCCCCCAAGUUUACGAAGCUGCAGACAUUGGUGCUGCGUCAAGACAAACCACAGCUUGAGGACAAUGCUGUUGAGGCCAUCUCAACUUACUGUCAUGAGCUCCUAGACCUGGACCUUAGCAAAAGCUUCAAACUUACUGACCGCUCCCUAUACGCUCUAGCCCGUGGAUGUCCUAAUCUCAGUAAGCUCAACAUUAGUGGGUGUUCAGCAUUUAGUGAUGAAGCUCUCGAAUACCUGACUAAUCUAUGUACGCAAUUGAAGAUUUUGAAUCUUUGUGGAUGUGUUCGGGCAGCAUCAGACCGUGCGUUGCAGGCUAUAGGGCGCAACUGCAAUGAAAUGCAAUCUUUAAAUCUGGGAUGGUGUGACAACGUGGGUGAUGUUGGGGUCAUGAGCUUGGCAUUUGGAUGUCCUGAUCUCAGAGUUCUUGACUUGUGUGGUUGUCUCCGUAUAACAGAUGACAGUGUGAUUGCAUUGGCAGAUGGGUGUCCACACCUGACAUCUCUUGGGCUGUACUACUGCCAGAACAUCACAGACAAAGCGAUGUACUCUUUGGCACAGAGUCGAGUGAAGAACAGGCCUUCCCUAUGGGAGUCCAAGAAUGGCCGAAGCGACGAUGAAGGGCUGAAGAGUCUAAACAUCAGCCAGUGCACGGCUCUUACUCCUCCCGCCGUUCAGGCACUAUGUGACUCAUUCCCUGCGUUGCAUACUUGCCCCGGGAGGCACUCUCUGAAUAUAAGUGGUUGCCUGAGCUUGACGUCGGUGCACUGUGCCUGUGCUUUCCAAGCUCACCGCGUCCCGAGCUCGCUUCCAUACCUAGCUCAUUGAUUCGAUCGAUGAGGUGAAGGUACACAGGGAUGUGCUUCUUACAAAAGCGUAGGUUAGAGGAGAAAAUGGUGUUGUGCCUCUUGUAUAUAUGUGUCUGUUUUGAAAUAUAGACGACUCGGAAAACAGGUGUAUUUCCGUAAUGUUAUUAGAGACUUCUUGUUGUCUUGGUCUUGACUCGUUUUGGAGUGUGUAUAACUCGGACUUCUUGGAACGACGCUCUCGGGUCUUUCUCC